AUGAUCCCACCAGAUGCGAUCGAGAAGGUCUAUGCCUCGGAGAGCGGGGGCAUCAUCCCUCUGCAGUACGAAGGUGCACCUUUGAUGUCGGCUGGCUUCCUCCGGCCAGGCGACUUCGCGGCGGUGCGCGGGCCAAUGGCCUCCGCCAUGGUCCAGCAGAUGCUGACAACAACGGAGUGGGGCGACCUCGACGUACUGCUAAUUGACAUGCCACCGGGCACCGGCGACAUCCACCUCACUGUGGCACAGCAGGCCAAGGUUGAUGCGGCAAUUGUCGUGACUACGCCGCAAGUGCUUAGCCUCGUCGAUGUGGAGAAGGGCAUCCGCAUGUUCGACCAGGUCAAGAUCCCUACCGUUGCCAUCGUCGAGAACAUGUCCUUCUUCGUCUGUAGCAGCUGUGGCGCGCAGCAUGAGGUGUUCCAGCGCGGUGCUGGUGAAAAGCUGGCGGAAGAUUUCGGCAUCCAGCGCGUGUUCCGAUUCCCUCUGGACUCCGCGCUGUCGCGGCCAGGACUUCCCUACGUUCUGGCUGCAUCUGAAGGUGGGAGCAUUGACGAAUUCCGGCGCUUGGCUUCCGGGGCCGUGGCAGCCCUGGAGGAGCUCCGGACACGCUUCCAACCAGGCCUUCGCCUGGAGGUCAACGGUGCCCUUCUGAUCCUGAAGACUUCCGAGACUCAGGAGAUGGCGAUUCCGGCACGGGAGGUGCUUCUGGAGUGUCGGUCGGCCAAGAUGCGGGACGAGUUCACCGGAAAGCGACUUUUCCGGGAGGAGGACAUACCACAGAAUGUCGUUGCAACCAAAGUGAGCACUGCCGGCCGGUACGCUGUGAAUAUCGAUUGGUCCAACAGCCACAAGUCGCUGUUCUCUUAUGACCUCCUGGCGCAAGUCGCCGAGGCUUCUGGUCAAGUUUGGCAUGCGGCCACUGCUUCCGAGUGA